GUUUUCUUUUCCCGUACACCAGCUGUCCAGGACAUUACUGCCUGCUCCUCCGUGCGGAUUCUAAAACACUUUGGACUCGGCCCUUACCUUCUCUUUCACCAUAGGAGAGCCUUCUUCAUACCUUUUCAGGAGCCAUGGACAGGAAAUCCAAGGAUGAAAGACUCCUGAAGGCGAUUACUUCAGCGGAUGAAGCCAGCCUUCGUGCCGUUUUACUCGCACUCAGCGCCGAGUCGGACGAUACUCGAGACAAAAUCAGUGAUCGCUUAUUGUCAAUUGAGUACUUCAACUCAAGCACGCCCAGCACUGCUGGUGUCAAGCGAAAGGCGCCGUCUCCCGUUUACAUCUGCAGGCGCUGCGGCGACGCUUUUGACGAAGACAACAACAGAAAGAGCUGCCUCUUUCAUUCGGAACAUAUGGUGGUCAACCCCUCCUCCUCAGUAUGGGAUCACUGGAGCUACAAUCUUCAAGGGCCGAAGGAUACGCCGAAGAAUCGCAAGAACUACCGCCUUAUCGGAGGGUUUAAGUAUUCUUGCUGUGACAGGUCAGCUGAUCCCGUUGAGGGAAUCGGGUGUAGAAGAGGCUACCAUCAGGCUGCUGAUGGCAAGAGAGGAAGGUCCGGUAUUGAAGACUCCGAGGAUGAGCCGUGCCCUUCGGAAUGGGAUGAGGACGAGCUUGACGAGGAUGACGAUGAGGAUGACGAUGAGGAUGAUGACGAGGAUGAGGAGGAAGAGGACUGAAAGAGGCAGAAUGAAGAGUGUGGGGCGCUGAUCAGGUUUGUCAGGGUGGUGGUCUUGGGACCCAGGGAAAGGAAAGAAAGUAAAGACGAUCAA